AUGUCCUUGAUUCAUGCUUUGAUUGCGAAAGGAUCAACAAUCCUGGCCGAACACAAGGCAGGAGGCAGGGACUUUUCGCAAGCCACACAAACCAUUCUGUCUAAGAUCCCUCCGAAUAACAGCAAAUUGACCUACGUCUGGGAGCAAUACCUAUUCCACUACAUCUCCGAUGGAGGUUUCACGUAUCUUGUCAUGGCAGAUGACUCCGCGGGUCGCCGAAUGCCAUUUGCGUUCUUGAACGACCUACAGCGAAAGUUCACAUCAGCACCCUCAUCGUCAUCGUCAGAUGAUACUCCGGCUUACUGUUUGCAAGGCACCUUCGGGCCCACUAUCGCGGCGUUGGUGCACACGUACAACACCGCUCCACCUGUCGACGAACUCACCCGAGCCCAAAACGAACUGAAUCAAGUCAAGGAUAUCAUGGUGCAAAACGUCGAGCAGAUUCUCAACCGAGGCGAGAGAAUUGAGCUGUUGGUUGACAAGACAGACGUCAUGGCGGGACAGGCGACUGCGUUCAGGCGGGGUGCUCGGACGGUCAGAAGGCAGAUGUGGUGGAAGAACAAGAAGAUGCUUGGAUUGUCUGUCCUCGUAGGCUUGUUCCUUUUCUACAUCCUUUUGGCGCAAGUCUGCGGGGCCGGAUUGAACCAGUGCCAUUAA